UCUGAGGUGGGGAGGGAGAAGAAAGAGUGAGGGAAAAGGAGAAAAAAAGGAGAAAAAGCACACAACAGAAAAGGGGAGGACAUCGGUGCAAUUGCGUGAAUAUUGGUUGAAUUACAUUGAAGAAAAUAGUUGCAGAGAGGAAGAAACCAAGAUGAUAACGCCCUACUUCAUACAGAAUUUCUGGGGUGAAAAAAACAAUGGAUUUGAUGUUCUCUACCACAACAUGAAGCAUGGUCAAAUCUCCUCCAAGGAACUUUCAGAGUUCAUCAGAGAAAGGGCUACCAUAGAAGAGGUCUAUGCCAGGUCAAUGACCAAACUUGCUAAGUCAGCUGGCAACUUCUCUCAGCUCGGGACGUUUUCCCCGGUGUGGGAUGUGUUUAAGACGUCCACAGAGAAGCUGGCCAGCUGCCACCUGGAGCUGGUGAGGAAGCUACAGGAGCUUAUCAAAGACGUGCAGAAGUACGUGGAUGACCAGGCCAAGGCCCACAAAAAGACCAAGGAGGAGGUGGCAUCCACACUGGAAUCAGUCCAGACCAUACAGACCACCGGAGUAGCCUUACAGAAGUCCAAGGAGAAUUACAACGCCAAAACUGUGGAGCAGGAGAGACUCCGCAAGGAGGGAGCAACACAGAGAGAUGUGGACAAGGCUGGAGUGAAGGCCAAGAAAGCCACGGAAACCUACAAGGGCUUUGUGGAAAAAUAUGCCACAGCCAAGUCCGAGUUUGAACAGAAGAUGGCUGAAACUGCACAGAAGUUUCAGGACAUCGAGGAGAGCCACAUCGUCCACAUGAAGGGUAUAAUUCAGUCAUACACACAGUCUGUUGACGAGACACACGUUCAGAUCGGAGAGGUCCGUAUAGAGUUUGAGAGGAACAUGGAGAACACCUCUGUGGAGGGCUUGAUACAGAAACUGUCUGACAGUAAAGGAACGGGCAAAGAGAGACCAGGUCCUAUUGAGUUUGAAGAAUGCAACACUGCCAUCGCCACUGAAGGAGCCAAACCCAGAAAGAGGAAAACAUUUGCGAUCCGCCGGAAAGACAACAAGGACACAGACUCGACGGAGUCGACAGAAGUUGAACCUGCUAACAAUACCAAUGGAGUUCCUCCUGGAUACUAUGGCACCAUAGACUUCCAAAACGCUAAUGUCCCCACGGUUGAUGAAGAUGGCUUCUGCAUCAGACCGGAAGACCGCAACCAAAAUGAUGCCAAAGAGAACUUGUUCUAUUCGUCGAGUGACUCGGAGGACGAGGAUGAACCCAGGAAGUUCCGUGUGGAAAUCAAGCCGGUGGCGCCCAACAACAGGACGCAACAAAGCCGAGCCACCAUCGACCAACUCAAGGCCUCCAUUGGAAACAUCAGCCUAUCGCCACCAACCUCGAGUCAGAUGCGAAGGAACCAAUCCAGUGAUGAGUUGGGAAAGGCCAGGAUGUCAACAUAUUUCAAUGACAGUAGACCUGCUCUCAAUAAUGACCUUCUCUCACUGGAUCCGUUCGGCCCCGCCCCCACCCUAAGAGGCUCCUCCUCCUCAGUGUCCUCAUCAACAGACAUCGACUCUCUUUUCCUCUCCAUUCCUCUCUGUCCUCUACACAUUAACGAGUCCCCUGUGUUUCUGCCAGGGGAGGCAGAUGAGGGGGUGUUACAGCAGGAGUUCUCCUCUCCCCCACUGGCAGACGGCCUGCAGCAGGCCAAAGGAGAGGUCACCCCUCUACCUCCCACCACCACCACUACCACCACUACUACCACCACCUUCUCUCCAUGGAACUCACCAGCUGACCCCUUUGUGGCCCUGAAGCCCAUCCCAGCCCGGGCCCAGAGGACCCCCAUCACCCGGCAGGAUGAGCCCAUAGAACCAACCCCAGGCCCAGACCCAACCAGCGUGCCUCAGGGAGAGAACCAGUCUGCCUUUACCAGAUCCCAGAGCCAGUGGAUCGACGUCAACCACGACAUUGUGCCAGUCCGACGCCAGCAGAGCUGCUGUCCGGGUACAGGUCCGGUAAACCGCGUCCGGACCCAGUCUAACCCUCCUACCGGCAGGCCUCAGUCUCGCCGGUCCAUCUGUUUCUUCUCUGAUGACCCCGCUGAUCCCUAUAAUAAGAUGGCGCUGAGCAGUGGGGUUGUGGAGGUCAGCGCCUCCUCUGUCCCUGAGGUCUUUUCAGCACUGACAGUGGGGAUGGUGGCAGCAGCAGCAGUUAGCCAGGCACACAAUGUGCCUGCCCUGGCCAGACCCACUACCCCUCAAACUGGGGCCAUAGUGGCUCCUCCACGACCCUCUUCCAGACCCAAACUACCCACAGGAAAACUCACAGGAAUCAAUGAAAUUGUGCGGCCUUUCAGCCCGACCAAGACGUUGUCCAACGCCAGUCCUCCUCCGGCUGCUCCCCUGGCCCGGGCAGAGAGCUCCUCCUCCCUGUCCUCCACCGCCUCUCUCAGUGCCUCCAACACACCCACAGUGGGGCCUGAGCGUAUCUUCCGUCCCUCCCUCUCCUCUCCGGAACCAGAGUUCCUCCUUUCUCCCUGUCCUCUGUUUCUCCUCAGCCAAAAGGAUGAUGGUUUCAUCGGGAAGCUGCCCACCUUUGAGAAGUGCUGUGAAACGCCUGCAGGGACGUCUCGCGGUCCCAGCCCAGUGACCCUGGCGUCCCAGGAUGCCUUGCCCAUUGCUGUGGCCUUCACAGAGUCUGUUAAUGCCUACUUCAAAGGAGCUGAUCCCGCUAAAUGCAUAGUGAAGAUCACAGGUGACAUGACCCUGUCCUUCCCCAUGGGUAUCAUCAAGGUGUUCACCAGUAACCCCUCCCCUGCUAUGCUCACCUUCAAACUGAAGAACACCUCCAAGCUGGAGCAGAUCCUCCCCAACCAGACACUACUGUUCAGUGAUCCCUCGCAAAGUGAUGCUCAUACCAAGGACUUUUGGUUCAACAUGCAAGCUCUCACAUCGUACCUCAGGAAAGCCUCAGAGCAGAACCCUGCUGCAUCCUACUACAACGUUGACAUCCUCAAGUACCAGGUGUCCUCUAAAGGAAUCGCAUCGACCCCUCUGAACCUGGCAGUGUACUGGAAGUGUGACCCCGCCACCACUGACCUGAGGCUGGACUACCACUACAACCCAGACUCCAUGCUCUGUCCCGGCCCUCUCUCCAAUGUACAGGUCCUAGUGCAUGUAGAUGGAGGGGUCACCAACAUGCAGUCCCUGCCUCAUGCUAUCUGGAACUCAGAGCUGAACAAGUCCCUCUGGAAGCUGAACGACAUCUCUGAGAAGUCUGAUAAUGAAGGCUCGGGGUCUCUGAGGGCAAAGUUUGAGCUCUCCGACGGCCCGUCCAACCCAACCACCCUGGCUGUGCAGUUUAUGAGUGAGGGGAGCACGCUGUCUGGGGUGGACAUAGAGCUGUUGGGAACCGGGUACAGACUGUCCCUCAACAAGAAGAGGUUUGCCACAGGUCGUUACAUGGCAGACUGUUGAGUAUGCACACCGUCCUGGACCCCCAAGCACAACGACUUUAUUGAACAUGUAUUUUCAAUAUUUGAGUCCUUUUUGUCCUAUUUAUUAAAGGGGAGGUGAAGACUGGAGAGGUGCAGCAAAUACACCAGGUUUUUUUGUGACGCAUCCAAACACUUUGCAUUAUGUCCCAAUGUACCUUGUCUGUCUCAAGCAGAGAUCUCCUCAGUACAGUAAAGCAGCGCUGAGUAUUGAACACUGUUUGAAAAGAAUAAUAAUACAUGAAAUAAAAAAUUAAGUUGAGCUGUCAGGAAAUGGAAAUGUAUAGAUGUUGAGAAGUGUAAUGCUUUCUGAUCAAUUCAGACUUUUAUAAAGUCAGGACCGUAGUGUUUCGUUAUGUAACAAUGUAUGGAUUAUAUAUAAAUACAUAUUAUAUACAAAAAAAUGUAAAAAUGAAUACAAUCUGCACUAACAAUCUAAAAAUAUAUUUGUUCUCUCCUUUGUGAAUUGUGUAUGUAUUCCACUGAAGCUCUUGUAGUAACAAAGAUUCUGGGUAAAACAGUGAGAAAAGAGAAGAGGAGAGGAAAUGCAACACUAUCCUCCCUCAUCCCGCUCUCCUUCUCUUCUCAAUUGCAAGUACGAUCACCAAGUAUUUUACUUUGUGAGACUCAAGUCAUGUUUUUUUCUGAUUUACCUUUAUUUCCUGGGUUAUUUUCAUUCUGAUCAUGUGCAAUGAAGAAAUGAAGGUAUAAGCUGUAUUUUUUUUUUUUUUUUACUAAACAGAUUCUCUAAAAUGUUAUCAUGGCACAACAUUAAUCGGUUGUCCUGUCGCUUCUGACAACUGGUAAUAACACAAGGUCAGCUCUCUUUCAAAAGCAAAAAAACUAAACUUAACUGACCUCAGUGCCUCUUUCUUUCUGUGGAUAAAUUAAUUGAAAACGUAGCUAUCUUUUCUCUAAGCCCUUUUAUAUGUUCAAAAGGCACCGCUAACAAAAAGAAAAAGCACCAACCUUGUGUAAGUUGUUGUUUUAUAAUCUUGUUUUUGGAUGUUGAAGGGAAAAUGCAUCCAGUUUCUACACCAGUCGAUCCAAAAGGCAUCGGUCUUCCAGAAACUGCUGAUCCACUGGACUCAAUGUCUCACUUCUGUGUCUUUGCUAUGAUGUUGUCUUUUCUACUGGGGUAUUUUUUCUAUAUUUGAUCCGACAGUGAUCUUUGUUCCCAAACCGCCUUUGGUCUAUUUGAGAGCACUGGACAGCCUGCUAGCCGAGCAGCUUUACAAUCUAGCCAAAUCAAUUCUAGAAAUGCCUUAAGAAAAUCUACCUUGUCAUCUUUUGAUAAUGGUAAUAAGAUGCUAUCCAGUUGUGAUAGGCUACUUUUCUGUUGUGUUUGCCUGUGAGGAGAGAGACAGACAACAGUUCUUGGUGCUGACUCGAUUUCAUACAGAGUGGUUCAUUCUUGCCUAUAUACCAAUGGAGGACCAGUAUCUAGAAGGGCUACAUAUCCUAGAUGGAGAGAUGCAUACACCUUAUGUAGCAGUUCUAUCAAUAUCACUAACGUGUGUUUUUGACAACCUUUUCCAAUGCCUUCUCCCCAAAACCACAGUUUUGAUAGUAUAGAUAAUGAUCACAGUACUGUAUUUUCAUUACAAACAUUGAUAUGGGCACACCAGUAACACUGUGAUUGUGGACUGUUAGUGUUCCAUCAUGUAUGUGGCCAUCUGAACACUGUAUGCGUGUAAACCCCUGGCCCAUAUCCACAAAGUGUCUCUGAGUAAUAGUGCUGAUCUAGGAUCUGGCCAUAUAAUACUAUCAAUUAUGAACUAAAAGAUAACUGAUCCUAUAUCUGCACUCUUACACUGAGACGCUUUGUGGAUAACGGACCCUGGUAUUUGGUACAGUUGAUAAUGUUAACGUUCUCGCUGCUUCUGAAAUGGCACCCUAUGCCCUACAAUACAUAGUGCAUUACUUUUGAUCAGUAGUAGUGCACUAUGGAAUAGGAUGCCUUUUCAGAGGCACUAUUUGUAGAUAUGGUUAAUCGCAUCGCUUACUAGUAAACGUGAUCCGACCAAACCUCAAUAUAUAACUUUUCAGCACAACAAAACACCUAGUCCAUGUGGCCAGUCUUCUAGAACUAUGAGAGAACACCUAGUUCAUGUGGCCAGUCUUCUAGAACUAUGAGAGAACACCUAGACCAUGUGGCCUGUCUUCUAGAACUAUGAGAGAACACCUAGUUCAUGUGGCCAGUCUUCUAGAACUAUGAGAGAACACCUAGACCAUGUGGCCAGUCUUCUAGAACUAUGACAGAACACCUAGACCAUGUGGCCAGUCUUCUAGAACUAUGACAGAACACCUAGUUCAUCUGGCCAGUCUUCUAGAACUAUGAGAGAACACCUAGACCAUGUGGCCAGUCUUCUAGAACUAUGAGAGAACACCUAGACCAUGUGGCCAGUCUUCUAGAACUAUGAGAAAUGUGAUUAUUGUUUAACAAUGUUGAUCGAGAUGUAUUUGUGAAGUCAAUGUCUAAAAUAGGAUUUGUUUUGUAUACAGUACAAUAAGUCAGAAUGAUGUUUUGUAAGGCAUGGAUUAAUCAUCACGGUUUGAAUUAUUGGCCUGUGUUUUUAAGGAUGAUAUUUGUUGAAGAUACAGUUUAAGACUCCACCUUCAGUAGAAUUGUAGAGGCAAAUACUAACUUUAUUUGAAUGAGGGGUAAAAUUAUACACAAUUAAUAUUUUACAGAACACUUUAUAUGGCCCAACCAAAUAAUGUGUGACUAUCCGAAUGGAGUUGGAGUUUACUAAACUGAAGCGUUAUCAUGGAAACCCAACGUAGCAUGUAAGGAACGUUUAAAGAGGGGAACAGCGUAUCAAAAUCAGAUAUUUUUUUAUGAAGUUCUCCUCAAAAUAUCAACAGCGCCGGCUAUUCUCGAUCCACCCGCUGAGAAACCCCCACACAGAAACUGAAUAUAUAUGCAAAGUAUAUUUAGCGAGCUGGUUCUUGCUGUCUCUACAUAGCAUCCAGUGAUUUUUUUUCUUUUCUUGGAGCUUGUUUAUAUGUUUAUGUCAAAAGGAGAGUUUAGUUUAAUUUCUUAUAAAAUGUCAAUUUUUACAAAUAUCUCAGCCACUUUUUUUUCCUGUUCACUUUAUGAUCGAUCUCAAUGUGCCUUUAUUAAAUGUAUAAUAUAUGAUUAUAUACCUAUAUAUAAAAAUGACUACUUUAAAAUUG